CUCUGCUGUUUGCUGAUGGAACAGAAGGUCCUCAGUAAGUCCUCCAUGGUGUCCAGACUGCCAAAAUUUGGUGCCCGUCCAGUCAGUGGUACUCCCUCAUCCCUUCCCAAUGGUAUGACCCAGACUGCGCUCACGCAAGAGGGCAAGAAUCCCCUAGCUAGGCCAAAUGGAGUGGUCAGAGCCUCCUCCUUCUCCAUGAAAUGGAGAAAGGAUAGUGGUGGGCCGGUGGACCCUUCAAACCCAGUUGAGGGCACGAUACCAGAAGAGAAGAAAGAAGUUCGCUCCCAACAUUCUCCAGGAAGUAGGGAGUUAAAAAGCCCUUCUACUCCCGCAACCAAAGUGCGCAGAUCUGCCUCCUCAUUGUCCACUGGAAGCCCCAAACCUGCACCCAAAUCCCCUAAAUCCAUCCCGAGUCCUAAACCAAAGCCCAAAAACUCUCAAAUCACCUCAGCAUCCAAAAGUCAGGAUGUAUCCCAAAAAAGCUCAGGCUCCAAGCCAACUCAAAAUGGGACUUCAUCUCUGGGGUCUUCACCAAGCCAAGCAAGCUCUUCAGGGCUUCAGCGUCCAAGAGCGAACUCUAGCUCCACUCGAAGCACCUCCAGAGACAGUUUGUCCCAGUCCAAUGACAGCCUCUCACGGCAGUCGCUCGUGCCUGACUACAUGGUGCGUUCUCAGAGCUUCACUCACUUCAAGCAACUGCCGUCACCAACGUCUGUACCCAUGAUGCGCUCCUUCUCUUUCAACAAGGCAGUGGAGCUAGCCAAACCGCUUGCUAAUACACAGCUUCGUCCUCCGCGAACAGUUGGACUCAAAUCUCCUUUGAGCCUGAGCAAAGGCCGUCUAGUGCUCGGAUUGAGGGGCCUGGGAUUUGGAAAGGGGAUAACAGAUAGACUACCUGCUGGGGCUCCUUCUUCAGAGAGUUUAACACCUCCUAAUUCCAUAAAAAGGCCUCUUCUGCCUAACUUUGUGCUGACAAAACCCUCAUUACAAGCCUACAAGCUAAAUCGACCAAUUCCUGCCAAACCGCAGUGCCCUCUAGUGGUUGGGAGGAGCCCAGUGGAGAGUGACGUUAUAACUCCGCCUCUCACUCCCGAGUUGCUCCAUUGUACUACAAAGAAUGCAUCAGAUUCCCCAGAGGAGCCUGUGACAGAGCUAGGGCUGGAUGGGAACCUCCGCUACACUGGGGAGGGAAUGGAGGACAUGUCUCUCUCCUCUGCGUCUUCUCUGGAGAGGAAUGACACCAGUGAGGAGUUUCUAGAUGACUUUGCUAAUCUAGGGGAUCAGUUGCAGAAUGGCGUCCCUCAAAACAAAUAUCCUGUGGCCAUACCCACCCAAACACGCCUGCAGGGCCUCUUAAAAGAGACCAUGGACUGGACUGGGAUUGGUCUGGCGGGUGGCAAGGCAGAUUUAAUGGGUGGUCCGCUCCAUGGGCCGCCGCUCAUGUCCCCUGACGUGGAUCGUCAUGCAACCUCCUCUCUGGAGCUCUCCCCCUCUAACAGCUCUGGAGGAACAUACAUGUGGGAUGAGGAGGGCAUGGAGCCUCUGGGGCACCACACACACAUACACCGUUGCAGCAGUUAUGAGUCAGACCUCAACAGCAUUGACAUUCUGAACAACUUGGAUAACACUGGCUCAUGUGAUCUGGAAGAUGAUGACCUCAUGCUUGAUGUGGAUCUGCCAGAGGACGGCGCCUUACUCCAUGAUGGGAUGGCCCACUUUGAGCGCUCUGACAGGGGGGGCCGGCCGGCUCAGUGGAGGAGAAGACAGCAGAGAUGGAGUGGAACAGAUCAUGCUCAUAAUGACAACAGACUGGGCGGGUUUCAUUACGAUCCCUGUCGUACAGGCCAUCGGCCCCUCCAUCCCGCAAUUCAGCAUGAACUCGAUCUCAAGCACAUGGCGGAAGACUGCUCGUCUGUCAAAUCACAGCUGCUCAAACUCAAGAGUCUGCUGCAGAUGGAUGAUGGUGAGAUUACUCCAGAGAGUUUGGAUUCCAGCGAAGAUGACAGCAGAGACCAGCAGAUGGAGGAACUGAUGAAGGAGGUGGCACAUCUCAGGGAAGAGCUGAAAAAUAAAGAAAAAAUCAUCACACGGCUCACUCAUCAACAGCAUCAACAAUCUCCGGUGAGAUGUCAGUGUCAUCAGCAGAAGUCAGGGGUCAAAGGUGAGAGAAGAACUCAUCAUGAUAAAUCCACUCAGACGGUGUGGCGACCGCCCCAUCAUCACCCCGCUCCUCAAAUACUUCAGCCCAUCAGUCACAUCCCCAACAAGCCCCUCAUCCAGGGAAAACUAGCAAGAACAGUCCUCACCGGGGGCCACAAUGAUGCCUGCACCAAAGAGGAACGGCCUCCUACGUCCUGUUCUUCAGCCCCCUGCACCGAUCCAAUUCUUCCUCCUGCUAAAGACCCUCAUGUGGAGUUGAAAUCUUUGCCUGACCCAGAAGAGCUGAGCCGGUUGCUUAGCACCCACCUUCGCAUACAAGACAACAAUGAGAAUGACUCACCAGGGGCUGGAGAACAGAUUGUGAGACCGACCCCUGAAAGCCAUCAAAGCAAACUCCUGCAAACCCCUCACCCCUCGUCCUUCUUCAGCCCGCGCGUCCUGCAGCCUCCACGUCUACACAAACGGGUAACUCUCCCUGCUCUGUCUAUAGGGGGCGGUAGUGGGUCAAACCCAAAUCCAGGACCCUCAAUGAACCACAAGGCCCAGCCGCUUCUUCCUCCACCUCCGUCCAGAGGUUUGCCAUGCUUCAGUGCAGGGAACCACGUCGUUACUCGCGGCUGGCUAUCUCAGCCUUGGCCAGCAGUAGUCCGGAGUGUGACUGACCCACAACGCAAUGCUUCCGUACCGCUCGGUGUCUCCACACGACUUGCAAAGCCAAAGAUCCACUGAGCGUCAGCUGCAGCCAUAGACACUGAUAAGGCUACCUCCCUGAACGCGUGAUCACACAUGCGGCUUGCACUAGAUGGUGGUGUUAGUGGACAGACAACGUUUUAAGCUAAACAAAGCAGCUAAGCUAUCACAUCAACCUAUGCAACAAAAAGUAGUCACAAUCAGCGCAUCUGUCGCACAAAACCACUCUAUCACUUCGAACUAAAAGUCAUUUUAACCACUAAGAAACCUUUACCAUUCACAAUUACAUCAUCCAGACAAGUUGAGCUCCUAAUGGAUUGACAAACUGAAGGAAAGAUUGAAAUUCAAUCUGAAAGAGAAGGCAAAAGCAGAGAAAACAAGCAAUGGAAAGCACUGAAGAAGUCUUUUUACUUAUACUCAACAAACGUCAAAGACGUGAGUGCUGUGCCGUAGACUGCCUGUGGAGAUUAUUCAAGACCCUCAGUGUGUGGCCAUUUCCCCAAGCGAUGUGCCCUCAGGACGCCAACUCAUUUAGUGGGUGAAUCUGACAUUUACAUCACCAACCUCCUGAGGUUUAACUGCAUAUUAUUGUCUACGCAGCCUCACGGAUCUUGUCUUAAAGAGAGAGAGAAUCAUGUGAUCCAAGUCUCCUCUCCAGUUUCCACAGGAAAACUUCUCAGUCUUCUGUGAUUUGAUCUGUUUAUGUAUUACUUUAUGCCUCAUUUCACAUCCUUGUCUGAAUUCACCACAUAAACACGAAGAAAACAGUGCAAGCUUACAAAAUCUCUUUGUUUCAGCAUUCUCAUUCCUAUGUCUUGUUUUUCAGUGCAACAAAGUCUCUUUGACCUGUAGACACAGUGUUUUGGCAGGAGGGUGCACACGCCGCUGUCAGUGCUUCCUUUAUUUUCACCUUGGCUUCAGUCAUGAUCGGCAGAUUUUCAUUUGAAUUAGGCUUAUGCCUCAUGUAUUUACAAGGUUCUUUUUCUUGAUUAUGGAUUAUGGCAUGCUCAAACCAUAAACUUGCUUUUUCACCCCCCAUUAGUUCCAUACAAAAUUGUUAUAAUGCUUUUUAAUUAUUUAUACGUUAUAAAGAUGUUUACAGUUAAAAUGCCUUUAUUAAGCUGUUCAGUCUGUUCCAGUGCUGCAGGAAGAAAAAUGUUUUGCCUCGUCUUUGGAGCAGAAAUACUCUUGCAGUGAAACUUUAAAUAUACACUUGAGCAAGUUCUUAAUUUUUGAAAAAGCUUUUUGUCUUGGAAAAACUUAUUUUUGGCUUUACUUUAAAAAAAAAAAAAGCACCAUUUAUGGAAAAAUUGGACCAUUUGUCCUUUGUCGUAAAGUUAGAUUGAUUUGAUGAGGUUGCUUUUGGGUGUUUUCUAAGGAAGAUGGUUUCCGGUUUGGUUUCCUUAGGGAAGGUCAGAUUACAUAAAUGUGUCUCAAGGUUGAUAAGAUUGUCAAUGAUUUGAGUUUUUGUGCUUUUGGCAUGCCUUGAUGCAUAAUGCACACAGUAGUAAUACACAAAUAUACAACAAGAUCUAAUGCAUGGAAGCACAUGGACUUAUCCGUACUAUGAUUUUCAACUAUGCAAGAACCCACCUUUGUGUGUUUAUGUGCAAUAUAUGUAUCAGAGUGUAUAUAUACGUAUCAGUAUAUAUACCCUUAACCUUCAAUGUUGAUGUUUAUUCUAAAGCAAAAGCGAUUUACUUCCAUUUCCCCACCAUACGAGGGGCAUUGGGUAUUAAAACAUGCUCUCACGUGGGGCACAUACAUCUAGACACACCCUAAGCAGAGAUAAGCAGCCAUGUCUAAAACCAACUAAAGUAAAUCAAUAGAAGGAUAUUUGUGUGUGUGUGUGUUUCUCUCUCACCCAAUUCUGUGGUUACACUAAGCAGAAAAUCAAUGGAGGGCUUGUUUUGUAAUGCUCUGGAGGCACAUUGUUUGUAUUUCUUUCUCUCUUUCUGUCUAUUUUUUUGUCAUUGUAUGUGUGCAGGAGGAGAGGUCCCACGUAAUACGUUGUCGUCUUGAUAAUGCAAAGUCGUAGAAGUACAUUGAUUCCGUCUGCUGUGGUCAGAGGUGAAUUGCUCGUGUCAAUGAGGUGUCUGUUUACAGAUAGGAGCAUCUUCUCUUUCGUUUGCCUGCUAACAAAUGAGGCGAGACAGAAAAAUCAAAAAUCCCUUAUGUCGUUCCUAAGUAUAACUACUUUCUUCUGUGGAACACAAAAGAAGGAAGCGAAAUGCCUGUAUAAUGAAAGUCAAUGGACAAAGUUGAAAUGACACAAAAAUGAUCCCUGCUCACGUUUUUGACCACAUAGACAAUAACAGUUAACAAUUUCUUUAAAAUAUAUCUUUGUGUUCUACUGAAAAAAAAGUAAUAACAUUUUGUAAUAACAUUUUCAUUUUUGGAUAAACGGAGAUGCAAAAACUGCAUCGUUUCAGGAAUAUCUGCAAACUCAAGAUUUCCUUAAACAAAUCACCACUGAGGAGCUGCAGUGUGAAAAAAAACAUGAUCAAAAACAGUUACCUGCACCAUAAUAACACUAGGUAGUAGAUUUCCAAAUUGCUAAAAUAAAUGCGCUCAUACAAAGACCUUGUGCUGUUGUGUAAAAUACAUUUAUGACUUGCUGCCCAUGUGUGUAUGCCUUUCUCUGGGUUAUUUUCACCUGGUCGAUUCUUUGAUAGCAUGAAUAUGUCUGUAAUAAUAAACAUUUGCCAUGAACUCCUUUUUUAAAAAAUCUCCCAUUUUUCCUUCCAUAUAGUUCAUGUCUUGACGUGUUUUUCACCUGUUGUGACCCAAGAGUAUGCGGCAUUGUCAGAAUGCUACCAUUGCUCCAUUAUAGCUUCAUGAAAACAUGUUUGUAUGUACAGAAGAGAUGUUUACUAACAGGAAUGAAUUCAAGCACUUUAAAUGACCCGUUUCAACCUCCACGCUGGAGAGACUGGUCUUUUUGACCUGAUCUGUUUGAUUUGCUGUCAUUUUAUUGUGUGCAACUACUUUUAUUUGGCUGUUUGUCUUGAUGUUUUGUCCCUGUGUGCCCUGGUCCAGUGGAAGGUGUGAGACUUUAAUAAAGUGAAGGAAUAAGA